AUGUUUCUACAGAUAAGGAAAAACUUUUCUCAACUGACCUGGGAAGACGUUAAUUCCAAGGAGGAAACUCUGAAGACCGUUCUCAUUCCAACUCCCUCUCAUGAUAUACCACCACCCAUAAUAUUGUCCUUAGAAUCCUCUUUACCUAGAUCACCAGUACAUGGUCCUCGCUCCUUCAAUUCUGGUCAGGUACCAGCAGCUACUGCAAAUGAUCUAAGGCAACUGAUGAUUGUAAAGGCUCUAGUAAAUACAUUCCCACCGCCUGACAUGUCUUAUGUUGUCAACAAACUAUUACGAUUUAUGCAUGAACCAACUGAUGAACACUUGAAGGCGGUUAAAAGGAUACUACAAUAUCUCAAAUCCACGGCAACAUCAGGUCUUCAUAUUCUUCACAACUCAGACUGCAAUUUUUCCAUGUACGCUGAUGGUGAUUGGGCGGGAGACCCGAAUGAUAGAAUAUCCACAUCAGGCUAUGUUCUUUUCAUUGGGUGCACUCCUAUAAGUUGGUCGUCAAAAAAACAACAAGUUGUAGCUCAAUCAUCUACUAAAGCAGAAUACAAAUAA